GGCAGCUAUUCUGGAAAUACCCACUACGUUUUGGCACGGCUAUAUACUUUGCAUAUAGAGACAUCUAUCUGAAAUCAAUUCUCUACUUUGAUCUUCUCAAGGUUCCUAUCAACACACUUAUAAAGCAAGCCAUGCCGAUGCGAUCUUGAUUACUCCGUCCCACUCGCUCAAUUCCGACACAUUCAACGCAACAAAUGACGGACCCAGUGCCCGAGACCAAACGACUUCACAUCACCCCUUUCAACGCAGAACUCCUUCCCUCCGUUCUACCACCAGCCGUUCGACCCGUAGCCACGGAGAUAUCCUUUCAUUGUAUCCCGACUUUCCCCGAAAACAAUUACGGCUACGUGACGCUGCCAGCAAUGGAGGCGGAGAGAAUCAAAAAGAAGCUCAAUGGUUCUAUUCUGAAAGGUCGCAAAUUCAAGGUUGAUACGGCUCGCCCACCAAAAAAGCAAAGCAAUGAAGAUGAAACGUCCAACAAGGUUGCCUCAAGGCCCCUAUCAGACAAGAAGGUCAAGAAGCGAAAGGCAAUGGAAGAAACACUCGAAGGGUAUGAAAUUCCAGUUGACCGCAAAGUGAAGCGAGGCUGGACGGAGUCGGCAGACGCCAAACAGGACAGGCGCAAAGCAGAGAAAAGAAAUAAGAAGGGCAAGGAGGGGAAGGAGGGGAAGUCAGCCAAGUCACAGGCAAAGUCUAAGUAUACCGAAAAGGAAGAAUGCUUGUUUCGCACGAAACUUCCUCCUAACCGGGUGGUGUCAUCACCAGACAAAAAGCAGGAGAAACAGUCGAAGAAGAAGAAGUCUACCCAAGAGACUGUUGUUCAUGAGUUCUCUAGAACGAUCAAACAUCCUAGCUUCUUGCGGUCUGGACACGAUGAAUUAGCGGACACAGUGACAUUCGUUGAAGGCACGGGCUGGGUGGACAAAACCGGAAAUGUGAAAGAGCCUGUCAGUGAUCGGAUCAAGACAGACCAGUAUAGGCCGGGAUGCAUUCCAGGGGCCAAAGAGAAGCCACGAGCCGCUAAGGAGGAUAGCACCGCAGCCUUCCGAAAGCCAGAAGACAAGCAAACAAUUAUCGCCGAAGAAGCGGGUUCGACCGAUGAAUCAGAGGAUUGGACUUCAUCUAGCGGUGCGACCUCGUCCGAAGAAGACUCUUCGCCCGAAGAGGAUUCCGAAGAAUCUGAGAGUGACGAUUCUGCCUCAUCAAGCUCUUUUGACCCACCAGAUGACCCGAUCGCUGACAAAGGGAGAAACUUGUCGCAGUCAUGCCAGGCAGAUUCGGGAGGGACUCUGGCAGGGUCACACUCAUCAGGGCAUCAAUCUUUUCCUUUUGUUAAUAUUGAUCGGGCAGCGUCCACUCAGGAUGUUCAUCCCUUAGAGGCUCUAUUUAAGAGACCAGCGCCUGGCACAUCUGGCGAGACCUCUACUUUAGAGAAACCGCAGUUCAGCUUCUUCGGGGGGCACGACGACAAUGAACCGGAGGAAGAGACGGAAGCCCAAUUUGCAGCACCACUUACGCCUUUCACAAAGAGGGACCUCAGAGAUCGCGGAUCAAGAAGCGCGGCCCCAACACCUGAUACGGCAUUAGUCGCUCGAACUAUCGAUUGGAAUAAGCAGGAGCAGCCCCGGGCAAUGGGUAUAGACGAUGACGAUUACGUUACUACCCCAGUUUCAAAGUUCGUAUCUGAGCCCCAAGAGGACUCGGACUUCGUUAAAUGGUUCUGGGGAAACCGGGGAGACAAUAAUCGCGCUUGGAAGAGAAGACGCCGCGAGGCUGCCAAAGAGCAAAGGCAGCGUGAAAACCGGAGCAAGGGCAUGAAAGGCAAAUCUUAG